AUCUCUUUCUCAAAUUCACCGUGGCCAUCUGAGCCUCGGGUCUGUCUCUGUGGCGCACUUGUCCAACUUUGUCCGGUGUCUAAAGCGGGUUACUCGGAGGGGGUCGCCGCUUUCUAGUCGUUCCCUGUGGACGUGUGAGACGGGGUUGUGGACGGGGGACUAAGUGGAGACAAAACUUUAUUUUUUCGCUUUAGAAAAAGGUUUCUUAAGACGCUAAAAUGGCAGACAGUGAGGAGCAAGUUACUUCAACUACUACUUCUUUACUGAACGAUGUGGUGCACCACUACGAACCCGAGCCAGAACUGGAGCAGCCCAAAGCCGAUCACUUCAGCGUGGAGGAUAUUGUGGACCUGGUCGGUGGUGCUCGGGACGCUUUAGAAAGACACAUAGCUGAAGACAGUGCGCCACAUGAGGUCACAGAAACUUUAGAGGAACAUCCGGUAACGUUAGAAGAACCAGCCCCCGUGAAAGAGCCUGAGCCGGAGAUCAUUGUCCCGGAGCCGGCACCUGUUGUAGAAACCACAAUAAGUGAGCCUGAACCGGUGGCAGCCCCCGAGCCAGAGCCGGUGGUACCAGAACCGGUGGUUGUGCCAGAGCCCGAACCCGUGGUAGUGCCAGAGCCAGAGCCCGCACCGGUGGUAGAGGCGGCGCUCCCAGACUCCACAACCCCCUCCAUUGUCCCGGAGGUUCCGCCUGUUGUCGAGGAGCCUGUAGUGGUCGCACCUAUUGCCGAACCGGAGAUUACGACGACUGUACCGGAGCCUGCCCCGGAGCCAGAGCCGCAGCCAGAGCCAGAGCCAGAGCCUGCCCCUGCCCCAGUGAGCGACGCCCUCCCUGUGGCUGAACCCCACAAAGAAGCCCCAGCCCCCGUAGAGGCAGCAGCUCAGCCUGCAGUGACAGAGGAACCACCGGCUCCAGCAUCUUAUGUUCCUUCUCCUCCUAAAGCUCAGCUUCAGCCUCUGAUGCAAUUCCCCACAGUGGUGGAUCUCCUCUAUUGGCGUGAUGUUAAGAGCACGGGGGCAGUGUUUGGGGCCAUCCUGCUCCUGCUGCUCUCCCUCACCAUGUGCAGCAUCGUCAGCGUGUGCUCCUACAUCGGCCUGGCUCUCCUCUCCGUCACCAUCUGCUUCAGGAUAUACAAGGGCAUCCUGCAGGCCAUCCAGAAGUCCGAUGAGGGACACCCAUUCAAGCAGUACCUCGACCAUGAGGUGGCGCUAUCUGAAGACAUGGUGCACAAAUACAGUGACAUGGCCCUGAGCAAAAUCAACAAGACCAUCGCAGACCUGAGGCGCCUGUUCCUGGUGGAGGACCUGGUCGACUCCAUCAAGUUUGCAGUUUUGAUGUGGAUCCUGACCUACGUUGGAGCCUUGUUCAACGGGCUCACCCUGGUCAUCCUCGCCGUGGUUGCAGCGUUCAGUUGCCCGAUCAUCUACGAGAAGCACCAGGCUCAAAUUGACCAUUACUUGGCAUUGGUGAACAACCAGAUUAAGGACGUUGUUGGAAAGAUCCAAGCGAAGGUUCCUGGAAUGAAGCGUAAAUCUGAAUGAAGUGGCGGCAGGUUGGCGGUUUGGAGGACGUCCUGAGCGCGCGUGGCGGAG